AUGAAAUGGAAAUUGCACAAUUCUCCACACCUUCCUCCGUGCCAAAGGCUCAAGACAGCAUAUCUACUAUCCCAAUCAACAUCCCCUAGCAAUUCAUCUCUUCGACUUCUUUCCUACAAAGAAAAAACAGUGCAAAGGCGGCAAAUAGCCCUCGUCGUCGUCGUCGUCCUCGUCGGGCAAAGGCGAUGGCGUCGUACCCUUCUCCACCGUCUUCUUGGUAGGUUUCUUGACCUUCGCCGGAGCGGCCGCCUUCUUCAUUUUCUUCUUUGGUGCAGCUUUCUUCGCUGGCUUCUUGGUAGCUUUGGGCCCAGCAGCAGCAGUGGUGGUGGCAUUACUUUUCUUUCUGGCAGCCUGUUUAGCACCCGCAGCGGUAGCGGUGGCAUUCGCCGCAUGCCCCUGCUCAACUAGCCCUUGAUACACGCUAUCGAAAUCGUAUGUCGCGGGCCUGUUUACGUUCCGCCCGCUGCGGCGGGUUGCUGCGGGAGGAAGUGUGCGCGCUGCCGCUCCCUUCUUUCUCGCGGGCUUAGGCUUGGUGACUUUGUCGGCCUUGGCCUUGGUCUUGGACUUUGGCUUCUUCGCCUUCUUUGCCGUUGAGUUUUUGGAAGGUUUGGGUUUAGGUGGACUGCUGGAUUUUCGUUCGUUUUGCACGGUCGUUGAGGAUGUACUCGCGAUACGUUUGGAAGGGCGAUUCGAUGAUGGGGUUCCUUGGAGGAGAGAGCUGGGGAGAGAGCUGAGCGGGGAGCUGAGUGGGGAGCUGGAGCUGAUCUUGGAGUUUUGGGGGGAGGAUCGUUUGCGUGGGGUGGCCAUGAUGUUUUGUUUGUGCUCGUGUGUGUGUGGUGAGUAAUAGACGGUAAUUCGU